AUGAGAAACCAUACAGAAAUAACACAGUUUAUCCUCCUGGGAUUGUCAGAUGACCCAAAGCUUCAGGUUGUGGUCUUUGUCUUUUUGCUUAUCACCUACAUGCUCAGUAUCACUGGGAACCUGACCAUUGUCACCCUCACCCUGCUGGACUCCCACCUCCAGACCCCCAUGUAUUUCUUCCUCAGAAAUUUCUCCUUAUUAGAAGUUUCAUUCACAUCUGUCAGUAUACCCAAGUUUCUGGAUACCAUUAUUUCAGGAGAUAAAACCAUUUCCUUUAAUAAUUGCAUAGCUCAGCUAUUUUUCUUCAUUCUCUUGGGAGUCACUGAGUUUUACCUCCUGGCUGCCAUGUCUUAUGACCGUUAUGCUGCCAUCUGCAAGCCUCUGCAUUACAUGAGCAUCAUGAAUCACAGAGUCUGCGCACUGCUUGUAUUUGCUUCUUGGCUGGUUUCAUUCUUGAUCAUAUUCCCUGCACUCAUGUUACUUUUAAAGCUUGAUUACUGUGGGUCUAAUAUUAUUGACCAUUUCACCUGUGAUUAUUUUCCCCUGCUGCAACUUUCUUGUUCAGACACAAAAUUCCUAGAGAAAAUGGGAUUUUCCUGUGCCGUGUUUACUCUAAUGUUCACUUUGGCUUUGAUAUUUCUAUCUUACAUAUAUAUCAUCAGAACAAUUUUGAGGAUUCCAUCUACUAGCCAGAGGACAAAGGCCUUUUCUACAUGUUCUUCCCACAUGAUUGUCAUCUCCAUUUCUUAUGGAAGCUGCAUUUUCAUGUACAUUAAACCCUCAGCAAAAGACAGGGUAUCUUUGAGCAAGGGAGUUGCUGUGCUGAACACCUCAGUAGCCCCCAUGCUGAACCCCUUUAUCUACAGCCUGAGAAACCAACAAGUCAAGCGAGCCUUCAGGGACAUGGCAAAGAAGACUAUGUUUUUCUCAAGUAGAUGA